AUGUGGUCAAGUGACCUGGUUUUUGGGAUCUUCUUCUUCUACCAGACUGCCUUAGGCUUCCUAGGAAAUUCAACAAUGCUGAUGGUGUAUAUCAACAUUUUCAUAACUCAGCCCCAGCAGAAGAAAACCACAGACCUCAUCCUCGCUCACCUGACCAUGGCCAACACAAUGACACUUCUCACCCGUGGUGUUCCAGAGAUGUUGGUGGCCUUUGGGAUGAGGGAUGUUCUGAAUGAUGCUGGGUGUCAGAGUCUCAUGUACAUUAACAGAGUGUGUCGUGGUCUUUCCAUCUGUACCACGUGUCUCCUGAGUGUGUUUCAGGCCAUCACUAUCAGUCCCAGCACCUCCCGCUGGGCCUGGUUCAAAUCCAGGGCCCCCAACUACAUCCUCCCUUCCUUCCUCUUCUUCUGGAUUCUCAAUAUGCUGAUCUACAUCAAAGUGAUUACCUCCAUUCAAGGUCUCAGAAACUCCACCAUCUUUUGGGUUGGUUACACUUCAAAAUAUUGUUUUACUAUCCUUGAUGGGAAUUAUAUCCACACAAUGGCCAGUCUAACUGCCAUGACCCUCCGAGAUUUCUUCUUUUUGUUCUUCAUGAGCUGGGCCAGCUGUUACAUGGUGAUCAUACUCUACCAACACCGAAAACGAGUCCAGCACAUCCACAGCACCAGCCUCUCCCCCAUAUUCUCCCCAGAGACCAAAGCCACCCAGACCAUCUUGCUCCUGGUCACCUGCUUUGUUUGUUUUUAUUUCAUCAGUAGCUUCAUUACCCUGUACGUGAUAUAUGUGCUCCAAAGAGAUGUUGAUUUGGAGGGCACUGCAACGUUCUUCUCUGCCUGUUACCCUGCCCUCUGCCCCCUGGUGUUGAUCAGCAGUGAUCCACGGGUCAACAGGAACCACUGCUCUCUGGGGAAUGUGAGACCCCCCUCUCUUUCCAUGAAUCCUAUGGCCAAUCGAGUCAUUUCUGAGCAUUAA